AUGGCCUCACCAACGUUAGCCUUAGCCCAAUCUCCUCCUCCGAAAUCUCCAGCUGUUUCAGUCUCUCAAAGAAAUCCUCAUUGCUGGUCCAAGCUUCCUCUAGAUCUCAUGCAAUUGGUUUUCGAACGCCUUGCAUUUUUGGAUUUCGAACGAGCUAAAUCGGUUUGUUCAUCUUGGCAAUUUGGUUCAAAACAAUCUAAGCCAAACAAUCAGAUCCCUUGGAUGAUUCUAUUCCCAACAGACAAGAAUUAUUGUCUCUUGUUCAACCCUGAAGAUAAAGAAAAACUCUACAAAACUCAACAUCUCGGUGACGAUUUUGCAAAGAGUAUUGUUUUGGCGACUUAUAGAAGUUGGCUUUUGAUGCAACCUCGUUACGAAGAGUUAGAAGAUCAAACUUUAGAUCAAGAGUUUCAUCUAUAUAUUAAAGAUCUUCUAACCUGCGAGAGGAUCAAUCUACCGGCUUUCGAAUCAGAUAUUUUUGGACUUAGCCAUCCGAUAUUAUGGAUAGAUGACAAAACCAAAGACUACCUAGUUAUAGGAACGAUUAAUCGAGAAACUAUGGUUUCUUUCAAAAAUGGAGAUAACUCGUGGAAAAAAUUCCCCGAGUUGCCAAAAUCGUCAUGUACCGACAUGUGUUUGAACAUGAUAUACAAAGAUCACAAGCUUCAUUAUCUCGACUAUUCCAACCUCUAUAUUUACGAUUUUUUUGGAGAAUUCCCGCGUGAAGCUUUCAGAAUUAGCGUACGUGAGUUUGUAGGUUAUGCAACAAAUCCUUAUGGAUAUGAUGAAUUUCCUGAAGUUCCACUGAAACUCAAAUUGAAUCGCUAUAUCUAUAACAUGAUAGUCACUGUACGUGGAGAUGUCUUAAUUGUCGCGAGCUUACAUUUCAGUAUGGCUGAAACAUGGGAAUUUAUAAUCUGCAAGAUGGAUUCAUCCAAGGUGAACAAAUGGGAGGAAAUUGUUUCUCUAGGCGAUGAGUCAAUUCUUCUAGGUUUGGGUAUUACAGUGCUUGCUAAGGACAUGGAAGGAAUCACUUGUAACUCCAUCUACUUCACUGCCGAUGAUUUUUAUGAGGAUUACGAAGAAAAUGAAAUCUUCAUAUACAAUCUCGAUACAAACAAGGUUGAAAUCCCACACCAGUUUGUUUCUUCGUCCAUCCCAUCCGCUCAUGCCCGUUGGUUCUUACCAACUUUCAAACGGGAUUAAUGAUUGAUCCUAUAUACUCUUCUUUUUGUUUCUUAAUACUUUAUUUUCUAG